AUGGCCACUUCAACUACGGCUGACACGCCAACCAAUUCCAAGCCCAAGACUCUUUCGGCCGCGUCGCCUACCAAUUUUCAAGAGCUCAAGACUCCAGAUGCGCUCGAGGGUGGAGCAUUGCGUCCGGGUGGACCUCCAAAUAUCUACAGUCGAGAGACGAUUGGCAUCCUAAUCCAGUAUGGUGCACUGGGAGUGAUCAACGGCACCAUCUAUGGCUUGGUGUAUCCAUUCCUCAAUAACUAUCUGAGAAUGUCUGGGACUGCAACAGCUUCAGCCAAGGUGCUUGUUCGCAUCCCGUGGACCUUCCGGAUGUUCUUCGGUAUCCUCUCGGACUGCUUUCCGAUUUGGGGAUAUCGCCGUCGUCCAUACAUGGUUUUUGGGUGGAUCUUCGCUACAAUUUGUCUGCUGCUCAUGGUCAUUUUCCCGACGGGUGACCCGUACUAUGGUGAUCCGGACCUCGCCUAUGUUGCCGCUGCCAACCUCACGGACGAUCAACUUGCACUCAUCAACGAAGACGCCCCCGACGCAGGAACUAAAUUUAUUCUGCUCAUGAUCUUCGCCAACCUUGGAAUGACCAUGGCAAUUGCUGCUUCCGAUGGUGUAGUUAUCGAGUUAGCACAACGUGAACCAGCGGAAACACGAGGCUCUGCACUGACUAUGAUGCAGGUCUUCAAGCAAGUCAUGUCCAUCUUUUCGUCCGCCAUGGUGGGCUUCGGGCUCAACGGUGAAGACUUCGGUGGUUCUUUCUCGGGUUCCAUGGGUGUAAGUGCCAUUUCUGCUGUAUGUGCCGCUGCUGCAUUAAUUGCCACAGUGUCGUCGUGGUUCUUUGUGGCUGAGACCAAGGAACCUGCAAGAUCUUUCCGCGAAUACGUUGGUCUCCUGUUCGACUUGGUGCAGCAUCGUGUGGUUUACCAGCUCAUAGCCUUCCGGUUUUUCUACUUUGUGUUUUCACUGAUGAGCGUGACGGCCGUGAGUCCCAUUGAAAGUCUUUGGGCCAAGGUAGAGCCCGUGAAUGAUGCCAUCUCCAGUAUCCUCGCGGCUAUUAUCUCUGCGGGCUCACUCUAUGUCAUCAAGCGAUAUGGUCUCACCUGGAACUGGCGCACCAUCGUCGUCAUCACGCAGCUAUCGGUUGUCUUUGUAGAUUGUUUCCCUACAUUCUUUACUAUUUGGGAUGUCUAUCGAAGCCAGUGGAUGUGGCUAGGUCCGCCUUUGCUGGAAGAAGUUCCAAGCACAAUUUCCAAGAUUGUAUCGCAGUAUGCCACGAUCGAGAUCGUCGAAGGUGGAAAUGAAGCUGCUGUCUUUGGCUUGAUCACCACGUGCCAGACUAUCGCUUCUCCGUUUUCCACGGUCAUCUAUAAGAACAUUGACGCACAUUUUGACAUUGGCAAAGCGUACCUGCAAGUCGACGACACAUAUGUACGCAACCAAGUGACCUACUGCUACCUCAUCGCGUACGCCUUCCAGAUCUGCUCAGUUGCUUGGGUAUUCCUACUACCACGUCAGAAAGCCGAGACACUGGAGCUCAAACGCACUGGAGGCAAAAGCAAGUGGGCCGGCAUCAUCACCAUUGUUAUCUUUACCUUCUGCUUCGUCUGGUCCAUCAUGACGAACCUCAUGACCAUUUUCCCGUCAACUUCGUGCCUGAAAAUCGCUGGUGGAACUGGUUGUUAGUGUUACGUCAAACAUCGUGGCGUUUGCCUUGGUAACGUUGCAUAUGCAAGUAGACACGCAUGUCGAGUAAAGGAUCUAGCUCUAUAGAGUUGCUAGAUGGCAAUGGAGUCUAAAUAACCUGGCAUUUCGUUCAGUUAAAUAAAAUCCUCUUCUUCCUCGUCG